UUAAAGUAAUAAAUAGCUAGAAUUGUUAUAGCUUAAGAAGAUAAUGUGGCAUUACAACCUAUUAAAAAAAUUAGCCAACCAUUAUAGUUGCUCUUAGUACCAAAUAAUAUUUUUUUUACUCCGUAUUACAAAAAAUUCCAAUAAUACCACUUGAUACAGUUAUGAAUUAGAAAUUUUCCAAAAAAAUACCUCUAGAUUGUUCAUAAUCUCCUCAUAAUAACCCUAUCUCUUUGCACAUGAUCCUCCCACCCCAACUAAUUACAUUUAUUAUGCAUUUAUAAUUAUGUCUCACUUUCCCAUCCAAUCAGUUCAACCUUGAAAUGACUUCCAACACUCCCAUUUCCAAUCCUUGAACUUGGCCAAAUUUGACAGAAAUUACCCAAAAAAAAAAAAAAAAAAAGUGAAGAUGAUGAAUGUGUUGCAGAGUUUCCUAUUCCCACCACCACCAUCAAUCUUUGUGACAGCUAUGUCAUUCAUAAGCUUUGGUUCACUCGCAAAUGCAGGUUUCUCUGAAUUAAGGGGAAAACAUUUACAGUACUCCAAAUUUGUGAAUUGGAAUGUUUCUAAUAAAACCCAACAAAAACAGAUUAUAAUUUCUAGCAAAAUUGGGAUGGCUUUUCUUUAUACUCCUGCUUUUUUAUUUGGGGUUGCUUCCUUUUUCAUUUUCCCUAAUGAAAGUUUCAGGUUUUUAUUGCUUCGUUCGGCACUUACUAUCCAUUUUCUCAAGAGGGUGCUUGAGGUGUUGUUUGUUCACAGAUUUGGUGGUAGUGGGGUUGCUCUUCAUGCCGCAAUCCCAAUUGCUCUUAGUUACUUCAUCUCCACAGUGACAAUGAUUUAUGCACAGCACCUAUCGGGACAAUUUCCAGAGCCAUCUAUCGACCUGACAUAUCCUGGAAUUGGGUUGUUUCUACUGGGUAUAGGUGGCAACUUGUACCACCAUUACAUCCUCGCUACACUGAGGGGAGAAGGUGAGAAAGAGUAUAAGAUACUCAAGGGCGGCUUGUUUGACUUGGUGCUUUGCCCACAUUAUUUGUUUGAGGUGUUGGGAUUUGUUGGUAUUUCUUGCAUAGCUCAAACACCAUAUACCCUCGCUUUCACAGCCGGAACAACUAUGUAUUUGUUGGGUAGGAGUUGCUCUACUAAGAAGUGGUAUUUGUCUAAGUUUGAGGACUUCCCCAAAGAUGCCAAGGUUUUUCUUCCUUUUAUUUUCUAGUUAUAGUCAAGAAGCAGAGUUAUGACAAUUUUCUAGGUUAUGUUUGCUGAAUGACAGAACACCACCAUAUACAACACCUCAAUUAUUUAGGUGCUAUUGUUUCGUAGACACACUUCAAUGAUACCAAGCUUGCUUUCCUACGUUGAAUCACAUGUUCGAAUCUUCCCUAAGAAUCUAAGAUAGAAUUCUCUAUAUCCGUCGGAUUUUUGUAAUUUUUUUCUUCACAUUCUGUAAUUUCGUCUCUAUCAAUCCAUUGUUGCUCAUUCCUAUCAAAUCAGUGCUUAAAUUUUUAAUUUUUUUGAAUUAUCUUUCUUUUUAAAAUUAGGGCUUAAAUUUCGCUAGAUCGUGCAAAAGAGUGCUAAAUGUUAUUAAUAUUUGCUAUAAACAGUGUACAAAUUUUCAUCUUCUCUGUUGUUUAUAUACAAAGUACAAUUGGUUUCUAGGCUUAACAUUACUUGAAGAUCAUGCUUUUUGAUUGCUUUCCAUUGAGUGGUGGGCUGAUGGCAAGAUAAUUCCAUAAAACCCUCAAGAGCAUGUACUCCCUCUGUCCCAUAUUAUAUUUCCUGCUUUUCUAUUUUGGAGAUCCAAAAUGUUGUUCUUAUUUCUAUUUUUGAAUAGUAUGUAAAGAUCAUUAUACCAUCAUUUUUCUUUAACUUUAUUCAUAGAACUUCCUAAUUUAUCCUUAAAUUAUCCACUUGCUUUGUACUUUUUUUUUCUAACUUUUGUCUAUGAUUACUUUUCACUUUUCCCCCCUUAAAUUAUUCACUUGUCUUGUACUUUUGGUUAACUUUUGUCUAGCUUUUUUCCA